AGUACGCCUACCACCACCACCACAACCGCCACCACCACCACCACCGUACACCUCACCUGCCGCCGCCGCCACGUCGCCCGUUAAACUUUUUGAAAAGAAAAAAACCGAAACGGACCGGCCUGAGCGCUGUCGUUGUAAUAAUAUUAUUAAUAUCGUUGUAUCGUCCGACGGCGGCCGUCCGGUUCCGAGUUCUUUCGUCGUUUUGUCACCGUGUAUAGUAUUUUUUACGGUUUUCUUUUAAUCGCGAUCGUUUUUUCGGCUCCCACACCACCCGUGAGAAUCGUAAACGACGACGACGACGACGACUGAACUCUCCGACGGUUGGUGUUGUCGCGGACGAAACGAUGUGGCGUUCGCCGGUCGUCGGUCUGUGCAACAGCAACAGCAGUACCAGCAGUUGACAUUGUGAACAGUGAGCAUAUUCGAAAGAAGAGUUCUUUGAAGAGUUCUCGUGCAACGGUUCAGACACCGGGACGCAAACUGGAAAGUUCAUACUAUCUGCUGAAUACAUCAUAGUCAGUAAAUAACAAGUUAUACAAUGAGUUCAUUCAAUGAUAGAAAAUCGAUCCAAGAGGUGUCAUCACCAAUGACAAAUUUAGCUAAUUGUCUUGGAACAUCACUGACAGUCAGACGCAGACUAACUUUAUCUGAAUCUAGUGAAACUCCAAAAAAAUGUUAUGACAACAUACUUCAUGAUCACGAUAUAAACAGCUCAUCGAAUACCAGAUUACUCAAAGGAAAUUCAAAAAAUAUUAAUGAUAGUCCUGCAUUGAAAUGUUUGAUGCUUCAAAAAAUGAUAAACAGUCCAGUCGAGAAGGAAAACACAACUAAGUGUGCCGAUGCAAUAGUCUCUAAAACAAUGUUAUCACCAUCCCAAUCAAGUCCAACAUUUUUGAUGCACAGUCGUAAUACAAGAGGUCGUCACCCGUUGGAAGAUCAUGAUCCAAAUUCACAAGACAGUGGCUUUUUUUCCGUGCUAUCUGAAGAUUCUAGAUCAUUAACCAGAUUUGAACCAAAAAAUGUUAUUGAAAAGAAAAAUUCAUCAUUAAAUGUUUGCCACAAAGGAAUCCCAGAAAUAGAUGAUCCAUUUCUGGACAAUGUUAAUUCUCCAGCAAGAUUGUCUCAAGAUUCACUUCCAUCUGAAUUCAAUACUUUGAUUGAUGGAGAUAUUUUUGCAUUGCAUUCACCGGUAAUAAAACCUAUUGUCAGACGAAAAAAUUCCAAAUAUGCUUCAGAGACACCUCGAAAAGUUGAUUUAGUUUAUGAAGAAAAUAAGAAAAAUGAUGUGAAAAAACGUAAAUUAUUUAAUGAUUUUGAAUGUCCUUCUGAGUCAUCAAUUGUAUCCAAAAGGUUGAAGCCUAAUGUUGACCUUUCAAUGUCAUUUAAUUCUCCAAGAUUAGACACCGGAAAUACUUCUUUAACUGCUCCUGUAUCGCAUAAAAAAACUACUCUUUUUGACUAUGGAUUUUGCAAAAAUAGUGUUUCCAAGCUCCGAAGAUCAUUUUCAACUAACGAAGCCACAAUAAAAGCUGCAUUUGAGAAAGAAGAUAAUGGAUCAAAUUUAAUUGGUGACUUCAGUCAAUCAUUUAUAUUGCCUUUGUUAUCACUUGGUCGUCAUGCAGAUCUCCGUAGCAUAUCCCCUGAUACAUUAGCUCAUUUAUUAGAAGGCUCGUUCAAUGAUUGUAUUGACUCCUAUCUAAUAAUAGAUUGCCGAUAUCCCUACGAGUAUGAAGGUGGUCAUAUAAGAGGUGCAAUCAAUAUAUUUACUAAAGAGCAAUUAUUUAAAGAUUAUACUGAAGACAAGUUGGGUAAAAAGUCUCAUAAGACUGAUAACAUUAAUGCAAAAAGAAAUGUUUUGAUAUUUCACUGUGAAUUUUCAUCAGAAAGAGGUCCGAGUUUGUCACGAUACCUACGUAAUGCGGAUCGUCAAAAGAACAGUAUGUGCUAUCCUUACUUGGACUAUCCAGAAAUGUAUUUGCUUGAUGGUGGAUACUGUAAAUUUUUUAGUCAACAUAGUCACUUGUGUGUACCAUCUAGCUAUCGAUCAAUGUAUGAUCCGGCCCACACCUCAGAUCUAAGAAAGUUCAGGUCCAAAUCAAAAACAUGGGCUUGUCAUAACGAUGCAAUGCCAAGAUUGGCUGGAAAAAACACGCUCAAACGAUUGGGUUUUAAUUAA